AUGGUAGACAUCACUCCAUCGGGUUUCUUCGUGGUCUUCAGACUUUACUUUAUAGUUUACCAAGUUUGUUUAGCCGGUAAAUCCAUUACCAACUCAGAUUUUACUUAUCUUGUCAGGGAGCCAACAUUCGUAGACAAAACUCUGUUCAUAAAGGAAAUUCUCGAAGACCGAGGUAACAAAAUAGUCUUAACAGCCCCACGGGGCUUUGGUAAGUCAUCUAAUUUGCAAAUGUUGAAAGCAUUUUUCCAAAUAGAAGUGGACAAGAAUGGGAACAAAGUGACGUCGAUGAAAGAUGGAAGUAAACCAAUCAAAGACACGCCAAAUUAUAAACUCUUUCAGCAAAAGAAAAUCAUCAAUCACAGAGAUGCAAUGGAUAAUCAUUUUGGUAAAUAUCCUGUAAUACAAUUGGAUUUCAAAAACGUUGUUGGCUUUACAAGCUUCAACGAAAGUCAAGAUUUCAUCAAGGAAGUUCUCCACGAAGCAAUAUCAGAACAUUCUUAUUUGAAGAACAGUGAAAAACUCUUUGACGAUGAAAAAGAAUUUAUUAGACUGUGGUCCUCUGAUGAGUACAAACUUGAAGAUAUGGGAACUCUGAUACCAGGGCUGGAGAAGCUAUCCAAGUACCUCUUCAAGCACUUUGACAGAACUAGAGUGAUUGUCCUGAUAGAUCACUAUGACUCACCUAUCUUCUACUGUGUGACUCAUACCGGGGUGGCUCAAGACGCGUUCAACUACGUCAUCAACGUAGUCCAAGCGUUCUUCCACAUUCCCAAGGACGAUUACUACGUAGACACGUUCAUUCUGACAGGAGUUUCACAAGUGGAAGAGCCUCAUGUGUCGAACGCGAGAGUCAUUGAGAGGUAUGAGUUUCUGAACCAACACAGAUUUGUUCCUUUCUUCGGUUUUGUUGACAGCGAAGUUUUUGAUCUUGUCGGACGGUACGCCAUAGAGGUAGACGAUGAGUUGUUGGAAUCAGUUCACAAACAUUACGGUGGCUAUGAGAGCUUGGAUAAUGUGACAGUUCACAACCCUUGGGCUCUUCUGAACUACUUAGACCGACAGAAGUUUGAACACAUUUGGGCCAGAAGAAGUAGAAUUCCAAACCUACAAAUGCUUCUGAAGAUUCCCGACGUGCAUCAAAAGUUGGAGAGGAUGUUGAAAGGCCUUCCGACUGUCAUGGAGCUGAAAAAAGUAUUUUCGUUUGAAAAUUUCAAAGUCCUUCGAGAUCUUGUGAACGAACCGAAUGGAAAACGGCACUUGAUGUACUCAACUCUUUUAUUUUCUUUGCUGUUUGAAAGAGGCUUCUUAUCUUAUGAUCCUUCAGUAGUUUCUGCUGUAAGUGAUGCUAGGAGAUACGUGAUUCCCAAUGAAGAGGUGAAAAAGCUUUUAUGGGAAACUUUGGACGAGUGA